AUGGACGUUCACUACCAGUCCCUUCUGGAUCAUACAUUAAUUACAAGUUCUGUGCCCAGAGGCUCUGGCCAUUAUGAGGUGAAACCAGUGCUCGUCAGACUAGCGAGCCAGAGCCAAUUCCAUGGGCUGCUCAACGAAAGCCCUUAUGAGCAUCUACAGAACUUUAACAGGAUUGCUGCCACCUCCAAAUCUCACGGCAUCACGGAGGAUGCUGCAAAACUGAUACUGUUUCCAUUCUCUUUAUCUGGAGAAGCCAGGAAAUGGUUCGAUAACCUUUAUCCAAUUCCUGGCUCUUUUAAGGAAGCAACGCAGGCCUUCAUAAGAAUCACUCCUGAACUAAGGAUGUCCUUGGAUACAGCGGCAGGAAGCUCGCUGAUGGGGCGCUGUGCCUCAGAAGCGAGGGCUUUAAUCGAGAAAAUGACGGCCAAUCAGUCAAGAAAACAGGCGCUGCACAAGGCUGGGGAAUGUGAGGAAAGAGCUUUCGAAGACCAACAAGGUCCGCAGGUUGCUGAGUGCUCGACUGAAGAGGCUCAGAACCCAGCGGAAGUCUACUAUAUGGCUGGCAGAAAUGCCCCUCAAUUCCAACAAUUCCAAAAGGGGCAGGCUCAAGGCCCCGCUAGACCGCGUCCUCAGCAACAAUUUCAGAGGCCACAACAGUUCGCUGCGCAACAAUCUCAUCAAGGGGGAUAUUAUCCACAUCAACAGCAAUACUUUCAAGCUCCCCACUUUCCGCAGCAGGCACCUACAUUUGCUCAACCUCCCACAGCGGGCCAAGCACCGCUGAGUCUGGAGGAACUCUGGAGGAACACAGAGCGAGCAAAUCAGGAGUUCCAAAGAAAUACUUCUGCCUCGAUCAAAAUGCUGGAAAUACAAGUCGGGCAGAUAGCUGAAGCUAUGAAGCUAAAGCAGAAGGGAACGUUGCCUGGGACAGUCGAGAAUAUCCCGAACCAAGCAAAGGCCAUCGAAACAAGGGGAGGAAAGCGGACACAAUCACCACCGCUGCCAGACAGAGGUAUUAAGCAUUCUCCUAACCCUAUUGUUGCUAACGUGCCUGUGCAGGAUGAAGUUAUACAGAUUCCGACUGAGGAGGAAGGCUCAUCCCAACCUCGAGCGAUACCAGCCGCUUGGGUGCCUGAACCGAAGGAAAAGGGUCCCGCUCAGCCUUUGGCUCGAGCCCCCUUUCCCACACGACUUGGGAAGAAGGACAACUCCAAGGAAUUUGAUAAGUUUGUGCACACUUUUCGUAGUAUUCAAAUUACUAUACCGUUUGCUGAUGCUUUGUCACAGAUGUCACAUUACGCUAAGUUUAUCAAAGAUAUAAUCGACCGGAAACGGGCAUUCCCUGACGAAGCGGCAGCGGUGCAGCUGGAGACAUUACGUCAACCUCAGGAAGAGAAUUUUGAUUUUAUCAAUGAGUUAAAUGAAAUAACAACUUUUGAGAGCUUUAUUACACUUGAAAAUCUGGAAGGAAUUUCAAAUAACGGGUCACUUGAGCUGGAAGCUGCAGAGGAUUCAACAGAGGCAAGCGGUGACACGCCAGCGCUCACUGAAUCCAUUGAACGAGCGACGAGGGAACCAGCCAGCGACACCAACAUAAAGGAUGAGCUGAAGAAAUUACCUGAACACCUCAAAUACAUAUUCCUUGGCCCAGAGGAGAGUUACCCGCUGAUAAUCUCCGCCUUACUAUUGCCGGACCAAAAGGCUUAG